UAAAACUGUACAUUUAGUUAUAAAAUUCUAGCAUUCAUUGAUUCACUAUAUAUCAUAGUUUAUGCCAUGGCUUCUGAAUUUGAAAGUUCCGUGGAACCAACACAAUCACAAAGACUGAUGUCAUCACUUGAAAGGUUGAGAAAAAGCAAAUUUCUCUGUGAUUUUGCUGUUAAAAUCGGCGAUAAAUCAUUUCUUGUCCAUCGCACAGUUCUUGCUGCUUCUUCAGAAUAUUUUGAGAGAAUGUUCGCAAGUAACAUGAGAGAAGUCAGUGAUGGUUUUGUUAUUAUGAAGAACGUUGACCAGGAUGCAAUUGCGCAUUGUAUUGACUUUAUGUAUACAGGAGAUAUCAACUUUACAAGUGAAAAUAUUGAACCAAUUUUGCAUGUGUCCUGCAUGUUACAAAUGAUUGGCCUGAGAAACCGUUGCUUCAAACAUUUGCAAAGUCAUUUGUCUCCUAGAAACUGUAUUUCUGUGAUAAACUUGGCUAAAAUGUAUCGUCAAAAAGCCUUAAUAAAACAAGCCGAGAACAUUAUUAGCGAAGAUUUUGACUCGUUUGUUUCAUCAAAGAUGUUUCCAUCUGUUGAGAAAUCUGAUUUAUUGCGGUAUAUUCGAUUUUCGCAUGUGACUUAUCAAACGUCAUGGCGAGCUGUGAUAACUUGGGCAAAAGCAAAUAAGGAAACCAGGGUUGAAGAUAUUAUUGAACUUAUAAAAUCCAUUAAUAUAAGUGGAUUUCCUUUCAAAUUCAUCCUUGAAACUGUCUUGAAUGAUUCUUUCGUUAAGAGGAAUUUAGAGAUAAAGAAAUCAGUGAUAUGUUUGCUUUUCUCUGAUGUUGAAAAUGUUAAAAGAAAUCUUAAUAUUGAUAACUGCUUUGUUCUGAAACAAUUAGCAGAAAAUCAAGAUCUUAGCAAUGGAUUUGUGAUUCAAAAUGUCAUAAGAAUCUUCAUGGCUCAAAAUUUUGAACUCAUAAUCAAAAAAGAAGAGUUUUUGGAUAUUCACAAAGAUGAUAUUGUUUUUCUUUAUGAGUCUCCUCAUACAAUAUACUCCAUGGAAACCAGCAAAUGGUUUGCAGCUUUGAAAUGGGUUAAGAAGGAUCUUAAAAGCAGAAAACGCAAUUUUUCUGAAAUAUUUGGUCUCAUUAAACUUGGAAAUAUUUCAUCUGAAUUUCUCAAACAUGAAGUACGAUCUGAAUCUCUGGUUACAAAGUCAGAAAAAUGCAACAAUUUGCUCAUGAAUGAAUUGUUUUCUCGCUUAACAUCUGGACCAAAUAUCCAAACUCAAACCAAAGACUCAACUACAAAUGUGCAUGUGGACUCUACCAGAAAAAGAAAGACUCACAAAAUUAGUAAUCAACAACCACCCAAUGGCACAAUGUCACAGAAAGCAUUAUGGCAUAUUAUGCCCGGUUAUAUAGCAGUGGGAUGUUUUGAAUUAACCUUUUCUUUCCCCCAUGGAUAUUUACAGGAUCUAUUAUAUCAUGCUGAUAGCUUUUGUGCUUAUUUACCUGAUGACCCAGAAGGGUGGGAACUUUGCAACUUAUUAAGACAAACGUUCAAAGCUGAGUUGCUUUUUGACAUUGAGAAUAUUGAUGGCCAGACGGGUCAGAUUGUGUGGAAUAAAGAUAUUCCUGUUAAAACCAGCAUUUAUGGAGGACCAGCAAGAAAUGGUUAUCCUGAUCCAGGAUACCUAGGUCGGUUACGUUCUGCAUUGAAGGCAAAACUGUCAUUCUUCAAACCAAAAACAACUCCAGAAGAAAACAGUGCAGUGCUAGUUCCUGUUUACUCAAGCCUUAUCAACGAGAGCGAAUUUAUGUCUGAAGAGAGUGAUUACGAUGCUGAUACUGAAUAUUGAAAUCCUUGCAUUUCUGCUAUC